AUGUGGUCGACCUUUUUUGUGACUGAUGAGGAGGGCCGCACCAUCGGGCCGGCGGCGCCCGGCACGGCUGGCGUGGCGGGAGGACAACCCCAGGGUGCUGCGGCGCUGACCGGCCUCAUGACCGGACGCAGCACGUUUGGGGGGAACAAACGCCGCAGGACGACGUCGACCGGACACGCCAUGAGUGAGGCCCAAGAAGGGAAGAUCAAGUUGGCGUUCUUCGUGGCCAUCGUGGGCGUGGUCCUGACCGUCCUCGGGGUGGGGACAGAGUUCUGGGUGGAGCUGGCGCCACCCAAGAAUUUCUACAACAACCAGACGUGUCUGACAGCUCACUACGGCCUGUGGAAGGGCUGCACAAAGACCUUGUGGGUGUCUGAUAUCGACCCAGAGAGAGAGAGCUGCGGACCUGCUGAAUUACCCGGAGGAACAAACUGCACCUACUUCAAGUUUUUCACCACGGGGGAAAAUGCCGUGUUGUUUCAGAAGACAACACAGAAGAAUCUGAACGUUGCGGCGGCCAUGUUGGCUCUGUUCAGCCUGUUCCUGAUGGUGAUGGGGGCCAUAUGCAUCACCAUGUCUCUCAGUAAAGAGAUCCUGUUCUUCCUCAAGCCAGCGUCCAUCUGCUUCAUUCUGUCCGGUGUCCUGGUGCUCUCCUCUCUGAUGGUUUUCCACCAGUCUGUCCUGGCGUUCCUGGCCACCGACCACACGGUUCCCCUCCACCACGAGCUCUCCUGGUCGGUGUCGUGCAUCGGUUGUGCGGGGGCCGUGCUCAUCGUCGGCGGCGUCCUCUUCCUGCUGCUGGCGCUGCCCUACAGCCCCUGGCAGAGGUGUCUCCCUAACAGGGACGACAGCAGCAGCUAG